UCAAUCAUGUCCCUCCUGUACGUUCUUCUCGUCUGCCUGCCACUGUUGGCCCUCGGCCAGGAUCUGACUGCCAUCGCAUACGAGUCUUUCAGAAGGAUGGAUUCUAAUCAUGAUGGCCAUAUUACAAAAGCGGAAAUCCUACAUUAUUUCGAUGGCUACGAUAUAAACAACGACGGUCACGUGACCAAAGUUGAGUACGGGCAGCACGUUGAUACAAUUUUCCACGACUCAGCUACCAUCCAAGUCCUACACCGCAUCUUCCCCGGCCUGGACAGCGACAACAACAACAUCCUCAACAACGCCGACUACAACGACGUCUUCGCCAUCGCUGACGCCAACCACAACGGCCAACUUACCUUAGAUGAAUAUGAGAGGUACUUCAAAAUAAUUGCCACGUAAAAUACAGCCAAUCAAAAGGAACGUUUCAUUGUGAAUAAAUAUGGAUUUU